GAACGUCAUUUUCGCCAAACCACACAUAUCGAGUUACUUUCCUGUUAUCUUUCUUCUGUAAGCGAUAUGAGUUUUGCGUCCACAGAUUAAAACAAAACAUCGUAAAACCGCACGGCGCUUCAAAAAACCCAUUCGAAAGUUACUCAAUUAAAGCUUUCACAUGUGCGAGAAUAAUCCUGUCAGCGAGAAGAUGACGAAUAUCACUCCGGAGACGAGGAUCAUGAUGAUCAGGUCGCCGGAUGGAAGGAACCGGUACAUGCGUCAGAUCCUGGCGGCUCUUGCUGUGUCCCUUGGGCCGUUCGCAGCGGGUCUCAGUAAGGGCUACAUGUCCCCAGCAUUGGCGUCGAUGCAGGAUACAAGGAUACACGAUGCCUUCUCGGUUAGCGACCAGCAAGCGAGUUGGAUAGCUAGCCUUAGUUUAUUAGGAGCCUUUAUCGGUGGCAUUAUGGGCGGGAUGGUGAUGCGGUUUGGCAGAAGGACGGUGUUGCUAGCUACCGCCCUACCCUACACGCUGGCGUGGCUGGCUACGGCGCUAUCAAGCAGCGUGCACAUGGUAUCAGCCACGUCGUUCUUCGGGGGAAUGCUGAUCUGCUGUAUAAAUAUGACGACACAGGUAUACGUCACAGAAAUAGCAGUUCCCGAAAUCAGAGGAUGCCUCAGCUCCGUACUGAAGAUCCUCAGUCAGAUCGGCAUCCUAAUAUCAUUCACUUUAGGAGCGUACCUCAACUGGUACCAACUCGCUCUGAUGGUAGCCGCCGCCCCGAUACUCUUAUUCUUUGCUCUCUUCUUCAUACCGGAAACUCCUUCUUCCUUGCUCCUGAGAGGAAGGGAAACUGAAGCUGAAGAUAGUCUGCAGUGGCUCAGGGGACCAGACGCGGACGUACGCCAAGAACUAGCCACAAUCAGAACCAACAUCUUAGCCAGUAAGCUGUCAAAUGGGACGAACACGGGCAAAUUCAAGGUAUUGCUCUCGAAGCGGCUGACCAGACCAGUACUCAUCACGUGCGGCCUAAUGUUCUUCCAGAGAUUCACUGGAGCUAACCUAUUCAAUUUCUACGCAGUCAAAAUAUUCAAGAAGACCCUAAGAUCUAUGAACCCUCAUGGAGGGGCAAUAGCGACUAGCGUUGCGCAGCUGUUGGCUUCUUGUUUGUCGGGGAUGCUGAUCGACAACAUAGGAAGACUACCGCUUCUCAUGAUAAGCGGGGUGAUGAUGUCCAUAGCCUUAGCCGGCUUCGGUUCUUACGCUUACUACGAAGAAGUUAUAAGAAAUACGACCGAUUUAACAAGCGCCGAACCAGGAUCAUACGACUGGAUCCCCUUGCUCUGUGUCCUGACGUUUACCAUAGCCUUUUCGUUAGGCAUCAGUCCAAUUUCGUCUCUAUUGAUUGGGGAGCUGUUCCCUCUGGAGUACAGGAGUACUGGUAGCGCAUUAGCGACGAGUUUCAGUCAUUUGUGCGGAUUCGUGAAUGUUAAAACCGCCGCAGACUUCCAAGAUCAAAUAGGGCUCUACGGUCUGUUCUGGAUGUACGCAGGUAUCUCGGUCCUCUGUCUGCUGUUCGUGGUGCUAUUCGUUCCGGAAACGAAGGGCCGCGAAAUAGACGAGAUGGACCCGAAAUACGUAGAGUCUUUGUGCAUAAAUCGAUAGUGACAGCCGAGAUGAAGUUUCUGAGAUUUAUUCCCGCAGUAUUAAAACUGUAAGUAUUAUAGUCCUUCAAAGUUCCUUGACACAAGCUUCCGGUGGAAGCACGAAGAAGUCCGUUAUACUUUAAUCUGAUAAUUGGCGAACGAUUUUUAACUGACUUCAAAAAGGAGGUGGUUCUCAAUUCGAUCACA